UUAUAGAAAUUCCCCCCACCACUUCUCUCUCUCUCUCUCUCUCUCAGAAAAAGGCUUCAUUCUCUGCCAUCAUCACUGCUUGUCUCACUCUCUCAUUACUACUUUCUGAAGCUUUUUACUUUUUCACAAGCAUUCCCUGAAAAAGGAAAUAGUAAAAGCCUAGGUUCCGACUUUUGCUCCAUUAACCAUUAAUUACACGAAUUUUCUUCUGCAUUUUUAGCUCUUAGUUCUUGAGCCCUUUACUCUCAGUUGUGUUUCUAUGUGUUGAAACUUUUUUGCUUUCGUAACUUGGUAGAUUCUUGUGGCUCUUGGUUUUUAUCUGGGAUUUUGGUGGGAAUAUCUUUUUGGGGGGAUAUUGGAGGUCAGAAAAGCGAGAAUGCUGUGAGUUUGUUUUGCGGUUUGCUUUUUGGAAGACGUAGAUGUGAAGCAAUUUCUACUGUUUUUCUAGUUUCAGUUCUUACUGAUUUCCCGGAGUACAUGGAUGAAUCCUAGCUUAACUGCUUGGAGAAGGGAUAUUCUGGAUCUUUCUUUCUUGUAGUUUUAUGCCACUUGCUUUCGCAGACUCAUUGUGAUUGAUUGUUGUGCCGGAAAAUAAGGGAGUUUUUGCAGAUUGAAGAGUUGCUUCAUUAAUCAUGGAGUGGUUUGGUCGUGCAGUCUUACCUCGUCGCAGGUGAAAAUUUGUCCAGCUCAGCUCGAAGCCAUUUUUAGCUGGCCUUUCGGGAAUAUGGAAGAAAUCCGGAGUUUUGCUGUAUGGAAUCCGAUCUCUGUUGUAAAUUUGACUGUUUUUUAGUGAGCAUUUUGAGGGGUUAUUUGGUGAUGGAGGACAUUGGGUUGUUCAAUCAAGGAUUGAAAUGGUUGAAAUCGAAGGACUGUUAUUCUGUAGCAAGGAAUACUACGAGAUGUUUAAGGGACAAGAUCGGAGUCUUUAUGGAGCGGCAUUGGCCGAUGGUGUGUUGUGGGUGUGCAAGAUGUGGGAGAGGUCUACUGUUCUUGUUGAUUUAUUGGAAAAACUGUUUUCUUACAGGCUUCCGCUCAUUUAUUGGCCUUGGCCCAGCAGCUCUGCUUGUCAUUAUGUGGAGUUGCUUCUUAAGCUUGACAUCAAUGUCAUGUCUUCUAUAUGUGCUUCUUAGUAUGGGUGCAGCUGGCGUUGCUGUUCAGUAUUUAGGCUACACUCCUGGACUUUUUAUUGUGGGACUGUUUGCCAUUCUGAUUUUAUGGAUGUAUGCUAACUUUUGGAUAACCGGUACCUUGUUCAUAGUCGGUGGUUAUCUAUUUUCCUUAAAUCAUGCACGACUGGUGGUCUUAAUGGCAACCUUAUACGCCAUGUACUGUGUCAAAGUUCGUGUAGGAUGGUUUGGUGUUUUUCUCUCAAUUAACCUUGCCUUCCUGUCCAAUGAUACAUUAAACUAUUUGAUGAAAUGGUGUGAUAAUUGGAGCGAAAAUACUCACACUGAGGAGCAUAAAGAAUCUGAGUCAUUUUUAGGAGAUGAUUUCUCCACUGAGAGUGAAUAUUCCACGCCUGCGGAAGAAGAAGAGAAGUUGCCCUCAUGUAAAUCAGCCAGCAAACCUGCCAGCACGUCAUCUUUUGUUGAAAAACCGAAAGAAUCUGUUGCUAAACAAGUGGUAAAAGAAGAUGUAAAUUCCAUGAGUGAGAUCAAGAGAAUUUUAAAUAGCAGCGACCAUUAUGAAGCACUUGGCUUUCCACGUCAAAAGAAGAUCGAUUUCAUGCUAUUGAAGAAGGAGUAUCAUAAAAAGGCCAUGCUUGUUCACCCUGACAAAAACCUGGGAAGCCCACUGGCAAGUGAAUCAUUUAAGAAACUUCAAUGUGCAUAUGAAGUUCUUUCUGAUGCUGUGAAGAAGAGGGACUAUGAUGAGCAGCUCAGAAAAGAAGAAUCUAAGAGGGUCCUGCAGAGAUCAGCUAGCACUUCUCAUCAGAGUACUACUACCUUUUGCUCUGAUGAGUCAAGGCGCGUACAGUGCACAAAGUGUGGGAAUUCACACAUCUGGGUUUGCACAACCCGAACCAAGGCCAAAGCACGAUGGUGUCAGGAUUGCUGCCAGUAUCAUCAAGCCAAAGAUGGUGACGGAUGGGUGGAAUACAGAGGUUCGUUGGUGUUUGAUCGGCCUCAAAAGAUGGAAAUACCACGUGCUUAUGUAUGCGCCGAAAGCCGGAUCUUUGAUGUUUCAGAAUGGGCUAUAUGCCAGGGGAUGGCUUGCCGACCAAACACCCACCGGCCCAGUUUCCAUGUAAACAUGGUCGGUUUGGAGAAGUCACCUCAGAGGUCCAAUUCAAGCAGGUAUCCUUGGGAUUUGGAUGCCGAGAUGAUGGAUGAAGAGGAUGAAUUUGAUCUGUGGCUCCAGCAAGCCCUUGCAUCUGGACUUUUCUGUGAACCCCCUAAGCGCAGGAAAAGCUGGACUCCCUUCAAACUGCCUCAGAAAAAAGGAAAGAAACAUUGGCGAAGAUCUCCAUAAAACAGAAUUUUGCAAGUGGAUUUAUUGACAUCAACCUCCUGCAAUGGCCGAACACACACUCACACAUGGCUAAAGGGAUACAUGAAGAAAUGAAGCCAUCACCUCUGCAGAUUUUAUCGAACACAUUUUGAGCUUGCACGAGAACUUGUGAGCAGAUGAGAAUAUGGGGGCUGGAUCGAAAAAGGUGUAAACUACUCGCUUUACACGGUAAAUAUUAUUGCUAGUUUAUUCUUGUAGUGUUUCCACAUGUAUACAUCAGUUUUUGCUUACAUUCUUGAAGUUCAUAGGAAUUGCAGCAGAACUGAUGCUGUUUGUGUACAUUUGCCCACAUACAUGUCUUUAAGCGUGAAUGCAGACAACAAUAAAGGCGAAAAAUAAUGAAUUUU